GAAAGAUUUUAAUUCACUGGAAUAGAUUGACGUUGAAGGGCAAAGCGGAAAAAGCAGUAGCUGUUAACGUGACUAGCCCUGCGUGACCGAGCGGAAGUCGUGGCUCGUACGCCACACGAAGAGCAUCCUGGGGGCCGGAAGGAGGUAGAAAUUCCUGCCGGCGACCGGAGCGCCGGCAUAUUCGCGUGUUAGGAGGUCGCGUGGCUGUUUCCAGAGGCCUGUUGCUGGAACGCGUGGCUCGUGCGCAGAGGGCCGAGGUGGCAGAAAGCCCGAACCUGAGACCACGAGCAAUGGUGGGGAGAUCCCGGCGGCGCGGAGCGGCCAAGUGGGCAGCCGUGCGAGCUAAGGCAGGUGGCGGCCCAGCGGACGAAAAGGAAGACGAUUUAGAAUUGCCACCCUCACCAGGGGACUCCAGCUACUACCAAGAUAAGGUAGAUGAUUUCCAUGAGGCCCGAUCUCGAGCCGCCUUGGCUAAGGGCUGGAGCGAACUAGAGAGUGGGGACGAGGAGGAGGAUGGCGAGGAGGAGGAGGAGGAGGUGCUAGCCCUAGAUGUUGCUGAUGAGGACGACGAAGAUGGAGAGAGUGCGGGGGAUGAGGAGGAUGACGAUGACGAUGGUGGCAGCUCCGUGCAGAGUGAAGUUGAGGCCUCUGUGGAUCCCAGUUUGUCGUGGGGUCAGAGGAAAAAACUUUACUAUGACACGGACUAUGGUUCCAAGUCCCGAGGCCGGAAGAGUCACGAAGUAGAGGAGGAGGAAAAAGAGGAAGAGGAGGAGGCACAACUCAUUCAGCGGCGCCUAGCCCAAGCCCUGCAAGAAGAUGAUUUUGGGGUCACCUGGGUGGAGGCCUUUGCAAAACCAGUACCUCAGGUAGAUGAGGCUGAGACACGGGUCGUGAAGGAUUUGGCGAAAGUUUCGGUGAAAGAGAAGUUGAAGAUGCUGAGGAAAGAAUCCCCAGAGCUCUUGGAGCUGAUUGAAGACCUGAAAGUUAAAUUGACAGAGGUGAAGGAUGAGCUGGAGCCAUUGUUACAGUUGGUGGAGCAAGGGGUCAUUCCACCUGGAAAAGGAAGCCAAUACCUGAGGACCAAGUACAACCUCUAUUUGAAUUACUGCUCCAACAUCAGUUUUUAUUUGAUCCUGAAAGCUAGGAGAGUCCCUGCACAUGGACAUCCUGUCAUAGAAAGGCUUGUUACCUACCGAACUUUGAUCAACAAGCUGUCAGUUGUGGAUCAGAAGUUGUCCUCUGAGAUUCGUCAUCUACUCACAUUUAAAGAUGAUGCUGGAAAGAAAGAAUUGAAUCCAAAAGCAAAAUUCACCAAGGCCAAGCCAAAAUCUGUUUCAGGGAUUGUUGCUGCUGCUGCCUCGGCUGUUACAGAUCUUUCUGAUUCCGAUUUUGAUGAAGAAGCUGCACUGCAAUAUUAUAAAGAAAUCGAAGACAGGCAUAAGUUAAAGAGAAAGAAAGAAGAAAGUAGUACUGAAGAACAGGCUCUUGAAGAUCAAAAUGCAAAGAGAGCCAUUACCUAUCAGAUUGCUAAAAACAGGGGACUUACACCCAGGAGAAAGAAGAUUGAUCGCAAUCCCAGAGUAAAACACCGGGAGAAGUUCAGAAGAGCCAAAAUUCGCAGGAGAGGCCAGGUUCGUGAAGUUCGUAGAGAAGAGCAACGUUAUAGUGGUGAACUAUCUGGCAUUCGUGCAGGAGUUAAAAAGAGCAUUAAGCUUAAGUAAAGUUUUUCCUUUUUUUUUUUUUUUUUUGGUAAUGAUUGUAGAUCAAUAAAUUUUAAUUUUUAACU